AUGGCGGUCCCUCAGAAGACAUUGAAUUGGCUGUAUAGUGUCUUGUCCAAAGAUCACUAUGAUCCACAACAGACCUACCGCGACCCAAACCGGACCUACCACGAUGUUGCCAAUGCGCUCUCCCAGUUCCCCUCGCUCUCCCCUCGAACAGAUGUCUACACCUACGAGACAGGCUUCUCGGCCCUCCUGCUUCACCUUGUGGGCACGUUGCCUGUUACUUUCCGCGGAACAACAUACCGUUUUCCCAUUGCGCUUUGGAUUCCAAAUACCUACCCACGUGAACCUCCAAUUGCCUACGUGACCCCGACACAGGAAAUGACCAUCCUCGUUGGGCAACAUGUGACGCUGGAAGGACAGGUGUACCAUCACUAUCUAGCACACUGGGCCGAAGCAUGGGAUGUGAGUGCUCUGCUCGCAAGACAUGGGUCAGCCACUGACCAUUAUAUUCACAGAGAUCCACUAUCGCCGAUCUUCUCUAUAUUCUUCAGGAUAUAUUUGCCAAAGAGCCACCGGUCCGAUACAGACAACAAGUGCCGCGACCUCAGCCAGAAGAUUCCCAAAUACCUCCGCCAUUACCUCCCCUUCCAUCCGGUGUCGGAUCUUCGAGACCAGCUCAAACUCUGUCUCCUUCUGCAAGCCAAUACCAUAGUCCACCCCCGCCCCCGCCGAAGCCAGGCGCGGCUAGCGAGCAUCGGCAGCAACAACAACAACGGCGCCCAGCUGAUCAGUGUCGAUCUCCUCCACCGCUACCUCCACUCCCACCAAAAGAGCAAGGCUCUCGUCCAUCCCCAAGUUAACCCCGCAGGGGCUCACUUGUCUCUACAGCCGCAACUCCCCCAUCAACCACACCAGCAAUCUUCUGGUCCCCCGUGUCCUCUGCAUUCGUCAUGCCCAUCCAACUAUCCCCUUCCACCUCCAGCAGCUCCCACGAAAGCCGAUACACCCGACCUUCUAACCUCGCCAUUUGAAGUCGAGCUACCCUCAAUCGCACCCGCGGGACCAGCUCCUCCCAUCCCACCAAACCCAGAGAAAGAUGCACUUCUUCAUGCCGUGUCCCAGACACUGGCAGAAACCCUUCGCGUUAAUGCAGCACAGUCCGACACGGCAGCGCAAUCCCUCGUCUCGCAAUCACGGUCCCUGCAUGCCGCCUUGGCCACGCUGCAAGGGGAACUCUCAGCGCUCAAUGCUCUCCACACGACCCUCCAAUCCAACACUACUGUCCUACAGCAGUCCAUCCAUCGCGCCGACGCCACCAUUGCAGACGCACAGGCCCGUUCGACAUCCAUUUCCACUUCUAGCGCUCCUUCAACCUCCGCUACCCCUGGAGACAUUACGUCCGGCCUACCCCCAAUCGAUGACGUCCUAGUCGCCCCCACCGUGGUAGGGAAACAGCUAUACGAUUUGGUCGCCGAGGAGCAAGGUAUACAGCAAGCUCUCUAUGCGUUGCAAGCUGCGCUGGUCCGCGGCGUUACUGGUGUCGAUUCCUGGUCGCGGCAUACACGGAGUCUUGCACGAGAAGCUCUUCUCAAGCGGGCACUGAUUCGCAAAAUCGGACGUGGAAUGGGGUUAGAUGAGAGUGUGGCAUGA